AUGGCCACCACCGCCACCUGCACCCGCUUCACCGACGACUAUCAGCUCUUCGAGGAGCUCGGCAAGGGUGUUUUCUCUGUGGUCCGCAGGUAUGUGAAGAAAACCUUCACGCAAGGGUGUGCUGCAAAAAUCAUCUAUACCAAGAAGUUGUCUGCCCGGGAUCACCAGAAACUAGAACGUGAAGCUCGAAUAUGCCGACUUUUGAAGCAUCCAAAUAUUGUGCGCCUCCAUGACAGUAUUUCUGAAGAAGGGUUUCACUACCUCGUGUUUGACCUUGUUACUGCCGGAGAACUGUUUGAAGACAUCGUGGCCAGAGAGUACUACAGUGAAGCUGAUGCCAGUCACUGUAUACAUCAGAUUCUGGAGAGUGUUAACCAUAUCCACCAGCAUGACAUUGUCCACAGAGACCUGAAGCCUGAGAACCUGCUACUGGCAAGUAAAUGCAAGGGCGCUGCUGUCAAGCUGGCAGAUUUUGGCCUAGCCAUCGAAGUGCAGGGAGAACAGCAGGCUUGGUUUGGUUUUGCUGGCACCCCAGGUUACUUGUCCCCUGAGGUCUUGAGGAAAGAUCCUUAUGGAAAGCCUGUGGACAUAUGGGCCUGCGGGGUCAUCCUGUAUAUCCUCCUGGUGGGAUACCCUCCCUUCUGGGACGAGGAUCAGCACAAGCUGUAUCAGCAGAUCAAGGCUGGAGCCUAUGAUUUUCCAUCACCAGAGUGGGACACGGUAACUCCUGAGGCCAAGAACUUGAUCAACCAGAUGCUGACCAUCAACCCAGCAAAGCACAUCACAGCUGACCAGGCUCUCAAGCACCCAUGGGUCUGCCAACGAUCCAUUGUGGCGUCUAUGAUGCAUCGGCAGGAGACUGUAGAAUGCUUGCUCAAGUUCAAUGCCCGAAGAAACCUGAAGGGUGCCAUCCUCACCAUCAUGCUUGUCUCCAGGAAUUUCUCAGCUGCCAAAAGCCUAUUGAACAAGAAGUCAGAUGGCGGUGUCAAGCCACAGAGCAACAACAAAAACAGUCUCGUAAACCCAGCCCAAGAGCCCGCGCCCUUGCAGACGGCCAUGGAGCCGCAAACCACUGUGGUGCACAAUGCUACAGACGGGAUAAAGGGUUCCACAGAGAGCUGCAAUACCACCACCGAAGAUGAGGACCUUAAAGCUGCCCCGCUCCGCACUGGGAAUGGCAGCUCGGUGCCUGAAGGACGGAGCACCCGGGACAGAACAGCCCCCUCUGCAGGCAUGCAGCCCCAAACUCCUGAGUGGAUUAUGUUGCGGCCCUCGGGCCCGCCGGAAAUGCUGGGUACCUUGGAAAAACGCCUCUUCGUCUCUUAUCUGGGCUGGAAUUCCUUGUGCCCGCCCUCAAGUCUCCCUUCCACCCAGGAGCACGCCCGAAAUGCUGGGUACCUUGAAAAAACGCCUACAUCUUACUUUGGGUCCACAACCAUUUAA